UUUUUAAAGAAUGCAGCCCUGCGUGCUUACUUAUUUGACAGCAAUUGAUUGAAGGUUUCGUUAAGUUUUACUUGUUGAUUUUCUAUUUAAAAAACACUGUUUCAAUGUAAAUUGUUUAAAAAAUUUUGGGUAAAAUAAACUGUAACAAUGCCAAACGAUCAAAUUUUGUAUUCUGAAAAAUAUUAUGAUGAUAUUUACGAAUACAGGCACGUUAUACUGCCGGGGGAAUUGAGCAAGUCAGUGCCGAAGUCACAUUUGAUGACUGAAACAGAAUGGCGUAAUCUUGGUGUACAGCAAAGCGCAGGAUGGGUGCACUUCAUGAUACACAAUCCUGAACCACACAUACUAUUAUUUCGGCGCCCACGUACUGACAACGGGGAAGCUACAAGCCAAGCUGCAACUGGUAGUGACGCAGUAACUAAUAAUGAAUAAACAAUUUUAAUUUUUUUUUUCAAACUCUUCAUUAUAAUUACUUUACAUUUUUACCAUUUUAUUUUUUAUAUUAGUACAAGCACAAUGUACAAAACAAUAAGGAAUUUCUUUUUAAGUUUACAUAUUAUACUUAACAUGUGUAUAAAACAAACUUUUGCUUUAUAAUUACUUUACGUUUUUGCCAUUUUAUUUUUUAUAUUAGUACAAGCACAAUGUACAAAACAAUAAGAAUUUUUUUUAAGUUUAUUAUACUUAACAUGUGUAUAAAACAAAGUUUUAUAGUACAAGCGACAAUCGCAAAGAAUUUUUUUUUAUUAUUUAUAAGAGAGUAUUUAAUAAAAUAACUUAUUACUGUUAAAUCAUUUGUAAAUAAUAUUCUUUUUUUUACUGAAGUCUCUUGCAUAUAAGAGACACUAGCGUACUACAUUCUGGAAAAUCGUCGAUUGAUCUCUCAGAAUCGCAAAGAAUUGGUUUGUUUUUUUAUUAUUUAUAAGAAAGAAUAUUUAAUAAAAUAACUUAUUGCUGUUUAAUCAUUUGUAAAUAAUAUUCUUCUUUUUACUAAAGAAGAUAUUAAAACGUACCUUCGAUGUCAGAGAUACUAAAGUAUUACAUUCUGAAAGAUCGUCGAAUGAUCUCUCAGACUCGUAAUGAACUUGUUUUUUUCAUUAUUUAUAUAGUAAGAAAGAAUAUUUAAAUAUUCUUUUUUUUUUUACUGAAGUAGAUAUAAAAAGCAUCUAAGAGACACUACUACAACAAUACUGUAUUCUGAAAGAUCGUCGAUUGAUCUUAGAACCGCAAAUAUUUUUUUUUUCAUUAUUUAUAAGAAGGCGUAUUUAAUAAUAUAACUUAUUACUGUUAAAUCAUUUGUAAAUAAUGUUCUUUUUUUACUGAAGUAGAUAUUAAAACAUAUACUUUGCAUCUAAGAGACACUACUAUAGUAGUACAUUCUGAAAGACCGUCUAUUGAUCUCUCAGAAUUUCAAAGACUUUGUUUUUUUCAUUAUUUAUAAAAAUGAAUAUUUAAUAAAACACAUUAUUUACUUUAAUCA